GGCAGACGUGCACGCGCAGCGCGCAUACCUACAUGGAAUGGAUAUGAGCAAUCACUCGAAGAAGAACUGCCCCAUUCUUGCUGGAGGUGCCACAGGAACCAGGGGUCCUACCCUGGAAUUCAGUCAGGAUCCCUCUGGGCCCUUGGCUGAAGUCUUGGUUCUGCAACAUCUGAUGUGUUUGUGCCUCACCCUUGCCCUGCCUUUCCAGGCCGUGCAUGAAACCAUCCUAAAUAACAAAUUCCUCAUCGUGCGGACCAAGGAGCUGAUGUGGAGAAGGGAAGACAGCCAGCGAUUUUACCAGGAGCACUCAGGGCGAUUUUUCUAUCAGAGGCUGGUGGAGUUCAUGGCCAGUGGCCCAAUGCGGGCUUAUAUCCUAGCCCAUGAAGAUGCUGUUGCACGCUGGAGGUCUCUCAUGGGACCCACCAAAGUGUACCGAGCCCGAAACACAGCUCCAGACUCCAUCCGAGGAGCCUAUGGCCUCACUGACACGAGGAACACCACACAUGGCUCAGACUCGGUGGCAUCAGCCCGUAGAGAAAUUGCCUUCUUCUUCCCAGAGUUCAGCGAGAGUCUCUGGUACCAGCAGGAUGAGCCACAUCUGCGGUGCGGCCUGGCACGCUACGACGCAGGGGAGCGUGUUCACAGCCUACCCAAGGCUGGCAGGACAGAGUCAUCCUAGAGCAGUGGGGGAGACUUACCAUUGACUAACCCCCUUGGAGAUGGGGAGGGGGCAUUGCCUUCCAUGCAGGAAGUGCUGCUAGCAGCACCAGCUGGACUAUCCCUGUAACAAGGACAGGAAGCUAUGUAAUGUCUGUUACAGUGGGUGAAUACCAGAUGCAAUACACAUUACACCACGCUCUGGGGGAGUGUCUCACUUACCUCUGGCUGCACGUGUAGCUCCUAGAUAGCAUGGAUGCUACAGACAAACCUCAGAUACCAGCAGGAAUCCAUUGAACUCCAGCAUGGCAGAGGAACCCCAGCCUGCAAUUCACCAACACCGAGUGUGCUCGCAUAUAAGCUGGGUGCAGUGGGGCAGGGGGCUACCCCCACAGGGCACAGAGCUGUGUGCAGGGGUGAGAGCACAGGUGUCAGUGAUGAGGAUGAGUCUGGAAUAUCUCUGUGAAGCGCAAAGCCGAUCCCACUGCCUUGCCCACAUGCAGUCUGGAUGUUCACUACCAGCAACAAUCUUCCUUGCUUAUCUUGUGCUUUUGUCUGUAAAGCAUUUCUCCAACACAGCCAUGGUGUGCUGCAGUAAUAAAGCUUUCUUUGCUGCAGGCA